AUGCGGGUGGUGCAUGAGCUCAUCGCGGUGUGGUUUGGAUUUGUUCACAUUGCCUCAACCACGGCUUGCGCUGCCAUCUACGAUCUCUGCGACAGGCCUGAAUACGUGGACAUUCUUCGAGAAGAAAUUGAACAAACGGGGUGGGAGGCAUUUGACAAGGCUGGCGGACAGAUCUUGCCUCUUAUGGAUAGUUUUCUCAAGGAGUCGGCGCGCCUCAACCCCAUUGAGUCUGUCAGCACUCGCCGAAAAGUCCUGAAGCCGUUCCAUUUCUCGGACGGGACGUCGGUCCAGCCGGGGCAAUGGGUCUGCUCCGCGCCGAGAGCAAUGAACCGAAACCCGGAAACGUGGGCCAAGGCCGACGAGUUCUACGGCUUCAGGUUCGUCAAGCCCGAAGUUCUGGACGCGGCUCAGAAAAGCAUCAGUAGCUUCGGCACGGUUCUGCCCUUGGCUAAAUCCACUGAGUCGUUUACAAUCCCCGAGGCGGGCAAGGCAUCCGAGUACACAAAUUUGUCAGACUGGCAGCAAUGGGGAACCGGAAAGGCUUCGUGCACGGGAAGAUGGUAUGCCGCUGCAGCGAUUAAAACCAUGAUCGGGCUGUUCAUCACCAAAUACGACUUUCAACUUGUGGACCCCAAGGCUAAGAGAUAUUUUUCUUGGAGGACUUUUAUCUAUCCAUAUGAAGGCACACCGAUUGCUCUGACGCCGAGAAUGGUACUGGACAGAGACUUGGGACAGUAG